AUGGUCUUUUCUAAUUCUCGGUCCGAGAUAUACGACUCUAUGCGCUCUACUAAUCGGAAGGUUUUAGCAACAAGGCGACCACGGCUCCUUCAUCUAAACGCAGACACAACGUGGCUCAUUCAACUCCCAUAUCCUGUCGGAGUCCCGAAUAAGUCUCAUCGUGCUCAUUUCAACAUUCUCAUCGAUCCGUGGCUGCGGGGGAGACAGUCCGAUGUCGCCUCUUGGUUCUCGAGUCAGUGGCAUGCGAUUGAUUCCAGUGUCCAAACCAUCGCCGAGCUCAAUCGCCUCCUUAGACAGAAUGAAGCGUCCUUAAAAAACAUUGAUAUAGAAUGUCAGGAGCGGGCCAAUCAUGUCGAUGUUGUUGUUGUGUCCCACGAAUUCACCGACCAUUGCCACAAAGCUACUUUGCUUGAGCUCGACCGUUCUACUCCCGUUUUUGCGACGAGCAAAGCAGCAGUCCUGAUUAGAUCGUGGAAGCAUUUCAAACACGUCUAUGAGCCUCCACCUUUUUCCAAGAAGAUGUCAGACUGGCGGGCAUCUUCGUUGCACUCUCUACCCCAUUGGCUGUCAAUAUCGAGGAUUGUCAAUGAAAGCGAUGCUCUUUACUAUCAUUCUGCCAUUCUGGUUUCCUUUGAACUGGGCACGCGCAAGGUCGACAGCCCACAAGAGAGUUGUGGCCGUGCUGAAGGGAUGAUAUACACACCACACGGGAUACAUGCGCAAGAACUUAGCUGCCUCAGAGAUGCGGACCCACCAUUAAACAUAUUGGGACUCAUGCACGGUCUACAUGAUGUCAGACUUAGCAAAAGGCAAUUGAAUCUUGGAGGGCACAAUGGGUUGCAGGCUCAAAGAAUCUGCCAGGCCAAGUAUUGGGUAUCAACACAUGAUGAGGUCAAGAAAGCAAGAGGAUUGAUCGCACCUAUUUUGUCUCGAAAGGUUUUAACGCUAAAGGAGGUCUUAGAUGAGGAAAAGAGAAAACAAGGUGGAGGCUCUCUUGCAAAUAGUAACUUGGCGGAUUUUGAAGACGUCGAAGUCGCUGAGCUGAAGAGUGGGGAGUGUCUAGUCUUGCAAUAG